GCUUUACGUCAAGCCAGACAGGAAGAGGAGAGCGGAUCUGAUGGCACCGCAGCCGGAUCCUUUCAUUCCCCUGAAAGUAGGCCAAGUUAUUUUCAUGAAAGCAUGUGAAUCGCGCGCUAUAGUGAUGUUGGAGAAAAUGAGGUGACCUCGAUCGCAGAGCAGGAUGCAGACACUUCUCGCCCAUGGACGCGAUUUCGCGCAUCAGACAGAUUCCGUCGUGCGCAAUGAAGCAGAAGUGAUCCUCUUAUGGCAGACAUCAGCCCCUCUGUUAUCAUCGUCGAUCUGAUUCACUGUGUGUGGGAAUAACUCGGGGAAGGGAAGGGCGAUGAGAAGGCAACGAGGACCGCCACUGCUCGCCUUAUCGGCAGUCCUCCUCUGCACAUUUCACCAGACGGCAGGGUCCAGCAGAGCUCGCAGCAGCCCAGCAUCCUCAGCACCAGCAUCCGAGGUGAGAGGCAGGGAUCAUCUGGCUGUGUCCCCCCAAACCGGGCUAAAGCAGAAUAACAUCAGCUUAAACUAUUUUAGCAAUGAGACCUUUGGCAAUCACAGUCAUCAAAGCAGGCCUGCACCAAAGCUCAAAGAGGAAUCUGGCUUCUCCUUCAACACCAGCAGAGGGAAUAUUCCCGCUGUGAUCUCUGAAAGGUCCAGCAGACCGAGCUGGAGCCUGGAGGAAGGAGUUGCACCUAUGUGUGCCUACCGAGUGAUUGAGGGAGGCAUUGGGGGGCAGCUGUGUUUUCGACACACUCAGUUUGAGUUUGAGUGUCGUCGGGGAGAUUGCAGGACUGUCACGUCUUCAGGGACUCUGGUGGCAAAUAUUCUUAACAAUGGCAGUGUGCUGUUACAGUGGACACAUGAAAGUCCCAAGGAGAAGAUCCAAGGUGAAUCCAAAAUGACUGAACGUGACAUAAAGACAAGAGAGGCUGCAACUGGACUGAAGGAUGGUGGGCAACCCGGGACAGGUGUGGCAGCGGAGGGAAACCGGCUCCACACUGCCCAACCAAAGACAGUUUUCAGUGGCAGACGCCGCAGACGGGGUGGCUAUGAGUUAAGCUGCUGGUGGAAUGGAAGUUACACUCAGUUUGAGUGCACUGGUGUCCAUCUUGGAUCUGGCUGCAGGGACUUUCUGCUGACUGAGCUGCAUGAGAACGUCCCUUACCGCAUCUGCCUGCGCUCCCUGGCCCGCUCGGACCCAGCCCAGAGAACAGACCACGGAGACUGUGUGGAGUUUACUGUGUCACCCUCUGGGAUGCAGGACAUUGUGAUUGCCAUGACAACGGUUGGGGGCGCUAUCUGCGUGAUGCUGGUCAUCAUCUGCUUGCUCGUGGCAUAUAUCACCGAGAACAUCAUGAGCCCCACAACACAGCACUCGUACUCCUACCACAGCCGCUCUCAUCACUGAUGUUACACUGCAACCAUGAUGCACUGCGAAAUAAACUAACUUGCCUAUACACAUAACAUGGUCUUCUUGAUUACCAUAUCUAAUUUCACACUCAUAACGCAUAAUAAUUACUUUGAAUCAGCCUCAUAAUAUGGCAAACACCUCCUGUUGGUUGAAAUCAAGCACAAUUUCGGGUGACUCUGAAAGAAAUGCAAAUAAUAUGCCUUGUGAAAUUCUACAAGGAUGCACUGAACCAAAACUUUUUGAUUACCUACACUUACUAUUUAGUUUAGUGUGACCACUGUGCCAUUUUUUGUUCAAAGUUGUCCGUGAGUCAGUCUGUUGGUCUGUAUUCUGGCAGUGUCCCCGCUGCAAUACUAAUGAUGAAAUGCAUACAUCUCAAAGUUUUGCUAAGUGUGUAGACUGUGAAAAGUAACCUUACACAUUAUUGUCUUUACACAGGAAAGCUGAACUUUGUUGAAUUCUUCUUCUCUUAACCUAUUCACAGAUUGUGUCACCUUAGUCUAGUUUGACUGUUAGGUCUUAUGGAAUGUGUAUAUGCACCAUGUUUGUCAGAAACAACACCAAUCCGGUCUGCAAACUGCCAAUUCUGUACCAAAUAUCUGAGUUAGAAUGCCGUUAUGUCCAGCAGUCAGUCAAUAAAGUAUCAUCAGAGGUCAUUUGUAAUGAUCUAUCUCUCUUCUUCUU